AUUUGGUCCCAAACCGAUUCCGUAGUGUAUUUGGUCAUAAACCGUUUCCGUAGUGCAUUUUCUCCUAAACCGAUUGGAACGAAGAGAAAAGAAAGUUUAAUCAGCUGUUUUAUGGGAGCGAUAUUUCUAACUAGACAAUCGCAGAAAAGAAUUUGUGGACAAACUUUGGUCAGCUUUGGAGCCCUUCUAAAAAAAAAAAUGUCUGUACCGGUACCAUUUGUCGUGCGGACGCACUCACGUCAAGUAUGUAGUCUCUAUAAACGGGCGGUGCGCAAUCUGGAAGCUUGGUAUGAUCGCAGAAACGUAUUCCGCUACAGAGCCGUACUGCUGCGUCAACGCUUCGAAAAGAAUCGUGGUGUAACCGACAUGGCUGAAGCUGCGCGUCUGCUCGCUGCCGGCGAAAAAGAGCUAUUCGAGACGAAACACUUCCAACCAAGAAACUUUGCCAACAGUGUUGGUGGUUGCGCAUUUGAGCGUGAGGUAAUACCACCAGACUGGGUUAUCGACUAUUGGCAUCCAUUGGAGAAAGCACAAUACCCAGAAUACUUCGCCAAACGGGAACAACGCAAGAAGGAGUAUGUUGCAUGGUGGGAAAAACAGUACGGCAAACCAGACCCCAAAGACUUGGGACACCACUAAGGUUAAAUCAAACGAGUUUAAGUGGUGCGCACAGUUAAACGAAAAUAGUUUUACAUCUGCCGUUCCAAUCUCAUAAUGGUAAAUAAAAAAAAAAAUAAAAUGGAAA